AUGAAUGCGCCUUUGCCAACCUUUGGUCAUCCAAGUGCUGACGCGGUCAUUGACCGUUACCUCACAGGAAAAUCAUCAUCAUUGUCCACUAACGAUCAAUUGAAUAUGCAACAGAAUAACCAGUACUAUUCUCAACUUUGUAGAGAACCGGAGACGGAGAAGAAGAAGAAGGAGAGUAUUGAAGAAUCGAAGUUGGUGAAUAAUGAUGGUAAUGAUAAUAAUGGUGGAUUUUGGUGGAAUGAACCAGUUGAUGAUAUGAGAAUUGAGGAACUUGAAGAAUUUAUGACUGCAUUGGGAGAAUUGAAGAAGAAAGUAACAAUGAGAGCUGAUGAAUUGAAUAUGAUAAAUGGUUCUUCUUCAUCGAAUUCAACAAUGCAAAUAGCUAGAUUUGGGGCUGCCCUUUUGACGCCAAAACAGAAAAGGCCGCAAAACAACAUAAAAGAGAUUUCUUUAUACUACAUUCUUUUCGUAGGAGAAAAAUUAGACUAAGAAACGAAUUAAAAUCUUACUCUUGAUACCAUGUAGAAACUAUACAAUCUUGACUUGUCCAUUCAUUCACCAAGAGAGAAUAUAUAUAGGAUACAAUCUUGAACCCUAGUGAAACAAGGAAACUAAGAUCCUAGUGAAACAAGGAAACUAACCAAUAUAUGGUAAUUAGUGAAACAAGGAAACUAACCAAUGUAUGGUAAUUAUCUCCCUACAAAUAUGCUACCAAAUAAUAUCAAAUAAUAUAAAGAUAUUAUACCGCAAUAAUUACUAAUGUAAUUACCCACUUGUGGGACUACAAUGGGUAUAUGGUUGUCGUUGUUGUACACUUAUAUUAACACAAAUUAUAUUUUUUUAAUUAAAAUAUCUAUUUUUAUAUCUUUAGUUUGGAUCCGGACUUAACACGGGCCUCACAUAACUAGUAGUAUAUAUGUGACAAAGCUUUGUCAACUGUUCAUCUUUUGUCUACUUCUGCUGUGUCAAUAAAAAGCUCCCUCGAAGUAAAAGCUUGAAGUGUCAAUCAAGUCAGCAUGGUCAUUACUUCUAACGAACAAACUCAAGUAAUCGUCGUUGUCCCAAACCUCUAUUUUUUAUUUUUUUUUGUUAUAAUAAUGACGGGUUUUGAGUUAAUUUGCACAUACUUCAAUUAUAUAUUUGUCAAUGAAACAUGCUAUUUUUAACCUGCAUAGGUAUUCGAUGCCUCUGCUCAUCAAAUCUUAAGAACACGAUCACUUAGCGUCUUUUUGUCUGAGCGGUUUGUUCCAAUCCUCUUUCUUCUUGGCAAAAGUAUGAAUCUCGCUUACAAAAUUUUGAUACAUGUAAUUAAAAAAUAAUAAUUCAACAGACCCUCUAUAUAAUAUAGUAGUUUUUAAGCGAAAAGUGUUUAACUGAUGACCACCUUUCGAUAGAUGUACGUAGCUCUGCCCCCGCACCUUCUCUUUUGCGGAUUCAAGCUUCAUGUGAACCUAUUUUCGUGCCAAGGUAACUUAAUAGAUCACCAUAUGAAGACAGAUCUAUAUAUAUAUAUAUAUAAAUAUAUAUGUAUAUAUAUAUAUAUAUUUAUAUGAUAAGAUAGCAGUAGUUGUACGAGUCCAAGUGCAUGUCUUUUUUGCACUUUUCUUGGUUUGUAAACAAUGAAAAAGGAGAAGUCACAUGGUGGGCUUGCUUGGCUUCACAAAUCUCAACUUUUGAUUAAUACAAGCUUGCAAGCAACACUUUGAAGAUAGAGUAUGCAUCAACGCUGAUUA